GUGGAGAAGCCCUUGAUGGAGACUAGUAAGCGCUUGGAGCAGGAGAAGGAAUCAUUCCAGACAAAGCCUCCUGAACCAUACCCACGACGUAGACUGGCCAGCUUUGGUGGCCUAGGCUUAAGUGGUGCACAGUCUCCUUAUACGAGCUGGAGUGAUCUUAACCAAAGUCAUGCUGGGAAAAACUAUAAAGGAUCCAAGUUAUCAGUUCCUGAUCUGCCCUCGUUAGUAAGAACCAGCCCCAAGAGCUCUGGCAAUGCCACCCCAGUUACCAGUGUUAAUCCAUUUAACCUGCAGCUUGUCAGGGACCAAAUGGUGGUGGCUUUGGAAAGGCUGAAAGAACUGGAGGAGCAGGUGAAGAUCAUACCUGUGCUGCAAGUAAAAAUCUCAGUAUUGCAAGAAGAAAAAAGACAGCUCACAGCUAUGGUAAAGAACCAAGAGAGCAAGAAAGAGGGUCAAAAUCCAGACUUGUUAAGGAUACCCCAUAAACAAGCAGACAGCACAGACACUGCUAUGAAAGUUAAGCUGCAUAGUUCAGGGACGGAAAAUGACGAAAAGACAACAAGGGAGUCUUCAGAAAAGGUAGACAACUGGCAACAUGGUGCCCUACUGCGUCUUUCUGAGAUCAAGCAGCUCAGUGUUGAAAUGCAGCUCCUGGAGAAGGAGAUUGAAGAUGCCUGUGUUAUGACUCAGUGGAUGCCAAAUGUAAAUAUGAAAGAUCAAAGUUCAUUGACUGAUAGGAACAUGAGUGAGGACCUCAAAGGGUCAAAAACUUUCUGCAAAAAUGCUCCAGUAGAAACCAAACUAGAGAUGCGUUCUAUAGCAGUUGAUGUAAGUGAAGCUAUUCUAGGUGUGGUCUCCAAGACAGAGCUUGAGCUUCAACAACAAACAAUUCAAGUGUUAAAGGAAAAAGUGCAAGCGCUGGAAGCUGAGCUUAAAGAAGCAUUGGUUAAAGCUGAAAUGUGCAGAUUAAAGCAUGAGCUUUUGGAUCCGGGAAGCCGUACCUGUUCUGACAAGAGUUCUGUAGCACAACCAGAGAUGCAAAGCAUUGCAACUCAGGUAAGUACUUUGACGAGGACACUUGGAGUUGGAAACCAUGUUCAAGUGGUUCAUGCUGCUGUUGGAGAAGACAUGGUGCAAGCUCUUAACCACGUAGGAGUGAUUUGUACCCCAGAGACGAGGGAAGUUGCCUCUGGCCCGGACACUUCUACAAAAAUGUGGGAGAUGCAGAAGAAGGAUCAGUGUGUAGGAAAAGAGUAUGUAUCAACUCGCAAUCAAAGUGUCGGGGUGGCUGUGAGCGUUCGUGAUGUUGGUGUUGUUACCUCAGAAUUGAUGGAGACCCUGAAAAAGAAGCCUUCUACCAGAAGUGUAGGCUGUGGUGACUGUACCAUAGAUGUUAACGUCAACAUGGUUAAACCGCUUAUUACCAAGGGUAUGGUCACUGAGCCUCUCACAGGAAUUGACUUUGGAAGUGUAAUUACCCCUCAGACCUUGUCCCUGAGAACCAACACAGGUGUCAGUACAUUCUCCAGCAAUACCAGCACCUCUCAAGAUUUGGCAUCUGACUUUGGCACUAACUCAUCAACCAUGCUUACUCAAGAGAAAUUUACCAACACUGUUCAUACAAUAACCCGAACACUUGCAGUAGGUGAUGGCAAAACUACUGGCCAAGAGUCCACAGCAUGUGUGCGCUCCGUUGCAGUAGGGACACCUGUGUACUUUCAGGAAGGAACACACCCUCCAGGCAUCCCUAAAGUGUUAACCCGAGACAUUGGAGUGGGAUAUGCCAACAUCAAUGACAAUUAUUUGGUCGGACUCCGGACACGGAACAUGGCCUGUGGUCCAUCCUGCCUACCAGAUCCAAUCAAGACUAGAAGUAUAGGAGUCGAGGUAGGUGAUGGGAGGGUCCGGGAUGUUGAUGGGCACAUGUGGACGCCUGUGCACCUGCUACAGCCACAGUUAUAUGGACAGUCUGAGCCUGGACUUGAUCAUUAUAUAGAUCGAAUGCAGACAUUGCUGAAGGAGCAAGAGAGUCUGUUAACAAGCAGCAAUUUUAAAUCAAGGGAGGUCACAGUUCAACCCCAGAACCUUCUGGAUAAACAUCAUAAAGUUGUAGCCAGUUGGGACGUCUCUCUCUCUCUCUCUCUCUCUCUCUCUCUCUCUCUCUCUCUCUCAAAACCAGCUGGACAUAGCCACCCAAUAUCCAGUGAGAGCACCAGAGCUAAAACCAAGAAGCAAAUAAAAUCUAAUGGUGAGUGUUGUGAUUCAACUGAAACAAAUUCAAACAUCAAAAUGAAAGAUCAGUAACAAAAAAUAAAGAACUGAUUUGAACAGUACGAGAUGAGUGAAAAGAUGCGUUCUGCCUGUCACAGUCUAAAGAAUCAUCUAAACAACAGCAAACCCUUAUCCAACAGAGAGCUGCGUUCCUGUCUGAAUACCAUACAACAGGACUGGUUUUGGGUAUCUAGUCAGAAGACAGCAUGCCCGGAUACAGUGGAGGACUUGCUGUGUGCAUUUCGUCAUGUGUCACUCAAUGUGCUGACACAUGUAGCCAACAUGGCUGACCGGAACGGCAACACGGCACUGCACUACAGCAUAUCGCAUUCUAACUUCAGGGUGGUGCAGAAACUGGUGGAUGCAGGUGUAUGUAAUGUCAAUCAGCAGAAUAAAGCUGGAUACACUCCCAUCAUGCUGGCUGCUUUGGCAGUUGUUGAAACCCAGGAGGACCUGAGUGUGGUGGAGGAGCUUUUUAAGAAAGGAGACGUUAAUGCCAAAGCAACACAGGCUGGUCAAACUGCUCUCAUGCUGGCGGUCAGUCACGGUUGUAUGGACAUGGUUAAAGUUCUCUUGGCUUCUGGGUCAAAGGUCAAUGUCCAGGAUGACGAGGGCUCUACAGCACUCAUGUGCGCCAGCGAGCACGGGCACACUGACAUCGUCAAGGUCCUGUUGGGUCAGCCCGGCUGUGAUGCCAGUCUGACUGACAAUGAUGGCAGCACUGCGCUGUCUAUAGCACUGGAGGCGGGGCACAAAGACAUUGCCAUACUGCUGUAUGCUCAUAUGAACUUCGCAAAGAGCCAGCCUGUGGCUCCUCCUCGAAGCAGGACACCAACGUCUCCAGCUGGGAGAGGGCAUCAUGAAUAA